AUGGCAGAUAAGAAAGAAGUGAAGAUCAGUCACAUCAAGAGCCCUGGUCUCAAUGUAAGGAGCCCACAGGAAGACGCUGUCGUCUCAUCGUGGCAGAACUUCCACAGCUCAGCCCUAGACAUUGAUAAUAUCAGGGAAGAGAUAACACACUUAUCAUUCGUCGGGUGUAUUGAGAAGGUUGUAAGGGCUGAUCCAUCCUUCACAUUCGUCCUCGCCGUCCAGCCAAACUCCAUCAACCCGACCUACUCUGCUACAGGAAGUAAUCACCCGGACAGUCUUUAA